AUGGAGGAAAAGAGGCUGGAAUCCUGGGUCCUUGAGAGUUGGACCCUGGAGAUUGGUCUCCUGGAUAGUGGAGUGGGGAAGGACCAUGACACCCCCAGUUUCCAGGAACAAGAACAGGAACUGAAGAAGAUCUAUCAGGAGCUGACUGAGCUGAAUGCUGGUGUAGACCACCUAUGCCAUCCAUGGCCCUGUGACUGGAUGUUCUUCCAAGAAAAUUGUUACUUUUUCUCCAUGUAUACAAAGAACUGGACUGAUUCUGUCACUGCCUGCCAGGAAAUGGGAGGCCAAUUAGUAGUCAUCAAAAGUCACGAGGAUCAGAAUUUCCUCAAUCACACUUCUAAGAAGGAAGGCUACCACUGGAUAGGACUCUCAGAUCAGAAAAUUGAAGGAAAGUGGCUCUUCAAGAAGUAUUGGGGUAAAGGACAGCCCAACAAUUAUAGGAGUAGAGACUGUGUGGAAUUUAAAGAAGAUGGGUGGAAUGAUGUUUGUUGUACAGUUGUGAAAUGCUGGGUCUGCAAGAAGUCCGCGGCCUCCUGCUCCACGAAGUGA